GCCGAGAAGUGACAGAGAAGACACGGAGGCCGAGCCACCGAGGGGGCUGGGAGGAGGGGAGCCGCCCUGAGCCUGGUGCCUGUGAGCUCCGCGCGGCCCGCCAUGCAGCUCCCCAUGGGCCCCGCCUGCAUCUUCCUGAGAAAAGGCAUCGCAGAGAAGCAGCGGGAACGACUCCUCGGACAAGACGAGAUUGAAGAGCUCCGGGAGGCGUUUCUGGAGUUCGACAAGGACCGAGACGGGUUCAUCUCCUCUAAGGACCUGGGAAACCUCAUGAGGACCAUGGGCUACAUGCCCACGGAGAUGGAGCUGGCCGAGCUGGACCAGCAAAUCCGCAUGAACCGGGGCGGCCGGGUUGCCUUUGAGGACUUUGUGGAGCUGAUGGCCCCCAAGCUGCUGGCAGAGACGGCGGGCAUGAUCGGCCUCCAGGAGCUGAGAGACGCCUUCAAGGAAUUCGACGCCAACGGGGACGGGGCCAUCACGCUGGCGGAGCUGCGGCGGGCGCUGCAGAGGCUGCUGGGCGAGGAGCUGAGCCCGCGGGAGCUGGCCCAGGUGGUGCGGGAGGCGGACGUGAACGGGGACGGCACCGUGGACUUCGAAGGUGACGCUGCCGGCGAUCGCUCCCUGCGUGAGUUUGUGAAGAUGAUGUCCCGCUGA